AUGAGUUGCACUGAAUGCUGCUCCUGCUCUCUGGGCACUGGGGGCUGCGCUCGCGCCGGAUCUAUUUGAUUGCCGGACCGGCCCCUUGGCAACCGGCCCCUUGGACAAACGGCGCCUUGGCAACCGGCCCCUUGGACAAACGGCGCCUUGGCAACCGGGUCCUCGGCAACCGGCCGGGGCAGUGACGGGAGGUGGAGGAGGUUGCGGCUCCGACGCCGGGGAUCAUGAGGCAGGCGCUGGUCGAUGACACCGAGGACGUGUCCCUGGAUUUCGGCACCGAGGAGGAGGAGGAGCUGGCGCUGAGGAAAAACAGGAUCAGACAUCCACUAGCAACGUUUUUCCACUUGUUUUUCCGCGUAAGUGCCAUCAUUACUUACCUCUUCUGUGACUGGUUCAGCAGAAGCUUUGUUGCCUGUUUUGUGAUGAUACUUCUCCUGUUGUCUUUUGACUUCUGGUCAGUAAAGAAUGUAACUGGAAGGCUCUUGGUUGGUUUACGUUGGUGGAACCAGAUUGAUGAAGAUGGAAAAAGUCACUGGCUUUUUGAAGCCAAAAAGACUACUCCUAAGAAUAGAGCUUCAUCGACUGAAGCAGAAGCUCAGAUCUUCUGGCUUGGACUGAUUGUCUGUCCUCUAAUAUGGACCGUAUUUCUUUUCAGUACUUUGUUCUCCUUGAAGCUGAAGUGGCUGGCCUUGGUGAUAGCAGGACUUUCCUUACAAGCUGCUAAUCUAUAUGGAUAUAUCCGCUGCAAGCUUGGGGGCAACAAGAACGUCACAAAAGCAGCUUCAACGUAUCUAGGCCAACAACUCUUCCAAAGGGCCCAGAACACACUGUCCAGGUGAAAAUUUCAAAUUAACGUACAUGAUUCACUGCUCACAACAUUGUACAUUGUACAUUGGGGAGACCAAAUCUAAAUUGGAUGACCACUGUGUAGGAAAAAUCCCUGUCAUUUAUCCCUGUAAUUCCCUGCUUUGCUCUGAUCCUCAGUUUCCUGUAUGCUCCAAUGAAGGUCAACAUAACCUCAAGGAUAUUCCAGUGUAAACUGGUUCAACUUUUAUUUGGAGUUUCCUAACAUUCUGCUCACUGCACCAAUCAGUUUAUGAUCCUGAAAUUCAACAUUUAAUCUGUUUCACAGAAUUCAACACCAGCCAACUUAUAUCAGGAAAAUGCAAUUCAAAUAACACAAUGCUUUACUAUGAGCUAGACUGUAAUCACUAUGCUAUGCUGAACUAUUCUGUCAGCACUUUACUAUACUGAACUACACUGUAGUAACUAUAUUUUACUGAACUGGGCUGCGAUCACUAUACUGUACUGAACUAUGCUGUGAUCAUUAUGCUAUACUGAACUAUGCUGUAGUUACUUUAGUACAGUAAAUAACAUUAUGGUUACUAUAACACACUGAACUACACUGUAAUCACGAUGUUAUUUUGAACUAUGCUGUAAUCAUUUAUGUUGUGGGGUUCACUCUGUCCUUCAAUAAGCAUUACAAACUUUCCCAUGUACAAAAUGAGCAGUUUUCCCUGAUCCCUGCAUGAAUUCUCUUUCUGAAACCCAUGAUGUUGUACUUUCCGCCUAUGGAUCUCCAUUUCACAGUUAUUUUGUUGAAGGGACAUCACCUGAUGAAGGAGCAGUGCUUCGAAAGCUUGUGAUUUUAAAUAAACCUGUUGGACUACAA